AUGCACGACAGCGAGAAGGCCUCGCCGCCCUCUCCCCAGAUGUCCACCCCAGCCUCCGUCAAAGACGCCAACCCCAACGUCAACGUCAACGCCCAGCCCAUCAAGCCCGCCAUGCUCAACAGCGACAGCGAGAAGGGCUUGCCGUCCUCUACCCAGGUCUUGGCCACUGCCCCGGCCCCCAUUAACGCUGACGCUGAGCGCCGCCUGGUCCGCAAGAUCGACCUCCACGUCUAUCCCAUCCUCUUCCUUGUGUACGCCUUGUCCUUCCUUGACCGCAUCAACAUCAGCAAUGCCCGCAUCCAGGGUCUUACCGAGGACCUCGACCUGUACGGCAACCGGUUCAACAUUGCCCUCUUCGUCUACUUCAUCCCUUAUGUCUUGUUGGAGGUGCCGUCCAACAUGAUCAUCAAGAAGAUGAGACCCUCUUACUACUUGGCAUCUCUGAUGGCUGCAUGGGGUAUCGUCAACAUGUGCAUGGGCUUCGUCAAAAGCUACGAAGGGCUCGUCGUCCUCCGUUUCUUCCUUGGCGUCUUGGAGGCUGGCGUCAUGCCCGGAAUCAUAUACCUGACAUCCAUGUACUACAAGCGGCACGAGUUCCAGAAGCGCAUGAGUUUCUACUUCUGCUCCGUGCUGGCUGCCGGUGCGUUUGGAGGUCUUCUGGCGUACGGCAUCUCGCACUUGGACGGCCACCGUGGCCUCCGCGCCUGGCGCUGGAUCUUCAUCAUCGAGGGAGCUGCUACCGCCUUCAUCUCCAUUGUCUCCGUGUUCCUCAUCGUCGACUGGCCCGACCAGUGCCGCUUCCUCAACACUGAGGAAAAGCAACUGCUGCGACUCCGCCUCGCUGAUGACGGUACCGAGUUGGCUCGCAUGGACACCCUGAACCGAUACGCAUACAAGCUCAUCUUCUCCGAUUGGAAGAUCUGGCUCGGUUCUCUGGUCUACAUGGGCAUUGGCAUCACGGGCUACUCCACAGUCUACUUCAUGCCGACCAUCCUCCUCGAGUUCGGCUGGACCGCUGAAGCCGCCCAGCUCCAUACCGUCCCCGUCUAUGUCGUGACUGCUGUCGGCAUGCUCGGCGCCGCCUACUUGUCCGACAGAUUUAAACACCGAUACGGAUUCAUCAUGCUGGGAGCAGCCAUCGCCACCAUUGGCUACGCCAUGCUUCUCAACCAGGCCAACCUCAGCCGUGAUGCCAAGUACACGGCCAUAUUCCUUGCCUCCAUUGGUGGAUAUAUGGGUACGCCCAUUGCCCUCGCUUGGUUGACCAACAAUAUUUCCGGACACUGGAAGCGCGCAUUCGGCUCGGGUAUCCAGAUUACCAUCGGAAACUGCGCAGGUAUUAUCGCCGCCAACAUCUUCGUCACUCAGGAGUCACCACGUUAUCCGACUGGCUAUGGAACUGCACUCGGUUUGACGUGGCUCGGCGCCCUCGCUGCGACGUUGCUCGUCGUAUACCUGGCCCUCGAGAACAGGAAGCGCGCCGCAGGCGAGGGAGAUGGCAGACUGAGCCAGCCCAAGGAGGAGUUGGACAAUAUGGGAGACUAUCACCCAUCGUUCCAAUUCACCCUGUGA